GUCCCCAGUCUGUCCCGCCUCUCGAACAGCCCCCCUGCCUUCGCCGCGGCAGGGAGAGGUGCCUGCAGUGCGGACCGUGGCCGCUAGGGGGCAGCCGCUCGGCUCGGGCCCGACCGCUCUGGGCUGCGCUCCUCGCUUGCCCUCGGACUCGGCUCCCGCUGCGAGCGGCCGCCCUGCCCGCGCACCGCGCUCAGCGCCCACCGCCGGGCUCCUCGCGCCGGACCCAGUACUUCGGCUCCCCGGGGCCGGACCGAGGCCGCAAGCAGCGCCGCGGGGUGUGGGGCGGACCCAGGAGAUGAAAUGACAACGUCAACCCUCCAGAAAGCCAUUGAUCUGGUGACGAAAGCCACAGAAGAGGACAAAGCCAAGAAUUACGAGGAGGCGCUGCGGCUGUACCAGCAUGCGGUGGAGUACUUCCUCCACGCCAUCAAGUAUGAGGCCCACAGUGACAAGGCCAAGGAGAGCAUUCGAGCCAAGUGCGUGCAGUACCUAGACCGGGCCGAGAAGCUGAAGGAUUAUUUACGAAGCAAAGAGAAACACGGCAAGAAGCCAGUCAAAGAGAACCAGAGUGAGGGCAAGGGCAGUGACAGUGACAGUGAAGGGGAUAAUCCGGAGAAAAAGAAACUGCAAGAACAGCUGAUGGGUGCUGUUGUGAUAGAGAAGCCCAACAUACGGUGGAACGACGUGGCCGGGCUGGAGGGGGCCAAGGAGGCCCUCAAAGAAGCUGUCAUUUUGCCAAUCAAAUUCCCACACUUGUUCACAGGCAAGCGCACCCCCUGGCGGGGGAUUCUGCUGUUCGGACCCCCUGGCACAGGGAAAUCCUAUCUGGCCAAAGCCGUGGCAACAGAGGCCAACAACUCCACCUUCUUCUCCGUGUCCUCCUCAGAUCUGAUGUCCAAGUGGCUGGGGGAGAGUGAAAAGCUGGUCAAGAACCUGUUUGAGCUGGCCAGGCAGCACAAGCCCUCCAUCAUCUUCAUCGAUGAGGUGGAUUCCCUCUGCGGGUCCCGAAAUGAAAAUGAGAGUGAGGCCGCCCGGAGGAUCAAAACGGAGUUCUUGGUCCAGAUGCAGGGGGUGGGGAAUAACAACGAUGGGACUCUGGUUCUUGGAGCCACAAACAUCCCAUGGGUGUUGGAUUCGGCCAUCAGGAGGAGGUUUGAAAAACGAAUUUAUAUCCCCUUGCCGGAGGAAGCUGCCCGCGCCCAGAUGUUCCGGUUGCAUCUCGGGAGCACUCCCCACAACCUCACGGAUGCAAACAUCCACGAGCUGGCCCGGAAGACGGAAGGCUACUCGGGCGCGGACAUCAGCAUCAUCGUGCGGGACUCCCUCAUGCAGCCCGUGAGGAAGGUGCAGUCGGCCACACACUUCAAAAAGGUCUGUGGCCCCUCUCGCACCAACCCCAGCAUGAUGAUUGAUGACCUCCUGACUCCGUGCUCACCAGGGGACCCAGGAGCCAUGGAGAUGACGUGGAUGGAUGUCCCUGGGGACAAACUCUUAGAGCCUGUGGUUUGCAUGUCGGACAUGCUGCGGUCUCUGGCCACCACCCGGCCCACGGUGAAUGCAGAUGACCUCCUGAAAGUGAAGAAAUUCUCAGAGGACUUUGGGCAAGAGAGUUAAAAGCUGCUUCACUUGGGCAAUGGUGAAGGUGGGAGGUUGACUGGGGCAAAUCCAGGCACUCCCCAUGUCAACAGCCAGACAGGGCUCCAGGGCUUGUCCCAAAGUCAAUACAGAGUCCCCUCUGCUGUCUGGCUGCCUGCCAGGGAGCCAGAAGGAAGGGCCUUGCAGCCACAGAGACACUCCGCCGCCCCGGGGCACACAGUGGACACUGGCUCUUCCUACUUCCUCCUCUCCUGGAUGUUCAGCAGCAGCUUCUGCCCCCCCGCCCUUUUUUUUCCAUCUUUUGUUCCCCUAAAUUAAUGCUGCUUGGAUUUUCAUCUUGUUUAUAAAGAUAAAAUCACCUGGAAGUGUCAAGGUGGGGGGGGGGGAGGGUGGGGGAAGCAGCCGUGCUGCCAGGUCACCCAGACCUCCAGACAGCCGGCUAGCCCCACUGCCUGUUCCUUUUAUGCCCAAGUUUUGCUCCUUGAGAGCAGAUUGGCUGAUGCCCCUGCAACCCCAGCCCAAGCUCUGCCUCAAAGACCGAGUGACAUAAGCCAUUCCCACCCUUCUAGGUUCGCAUCCAGGGCUGUGUCUUCCUUGGGGGAGGAGAUGGUGUCGUUUAGAUCAGGGGAAGGCAGUCAGGCGGGUGUUCACCACUGCCUUUUCUUCCUCUGAGUGUGAGAACACUGAACCCAGCCACUGCCCCAGGUCCCUGUCCUGGAAAUGGUCUAAUAAAUCCUUUUCCCUUCUUGAGCUA